UGCAUGUUUCUACAGAUGCACAAAAAGGCAAAACAUUCCCUGGUGCUUUUGCAGCUCCGUAAGCUUCUUACUCGGUUGUUGUGGAGGGCAGUUUUCGUCGUUAAGUUACUGCUGCAUUUCAAGAUGGAGCCAUCUCCCUUUAACAGAAGGCAAUGGACUUCGCAUUCUCUGAGGAUCACUGCCAAGGAGUUGUCUUUUGUCAACAAGAACAAGUCAUCGGCUCUCAUGGAGAGGUUCUCCAAGUACCAGAAAGCAGCCGAGGAAGCAACUGCGGAGAAAAAAAGAAGUAACACGGAAAACCUACCCCCUCAUUUCAAAAGGGGGACCCUCAGCGUCCUGAAGAAAAAGUGGGAGAACCCGCCGCCGCUGGGGACGGAGGCUCGGAAGGAGGCUCUCCGAAGCAGCUUUGCUGAGGUUAGGCAGAAGUCUCUCAGCCCCGGUGGUGGAAUUGAAGGCAGCGCCGCUUCCCUAGCCGAAACUGACAAAGGCCCGGGGAUUGGUCCCGGCUUGCGGCUCCGUUCCUCUUCCGGAGUGAUUGGCCGGUUCAGAUAUCCCAGUGUUGACAGCGAGGAGGCGAAAGCCCAUUCGCCCGAGAGUGGGAAAAUGGAAAAUUGCCUUAGAGAAUCCAGGCAAGAAGUAGGAAAGCCUGAGGCCAAUGAAAACCCAGAUUCUUCAGGGAAAAUAGAGAAAUGUAGCGUUCCUCUGAGCAGGCUAAAGAUGAUGUUUGAGAGGGGGGAUGCGAGCCAGACAAAGCAGGUUUUUCGUGACCAAGGCAGGGCUGCUGGUGGUAGGAGAAUCUCGGAGAACAGCUUUUCCUCGGAAGACCUUGACUUCAGUUCCGGAGAAAGAAGCCACAAUGUCUCAGGUCAUCCGCUGUGCACCUCUCCGACAUCGAGCCUGGAGAAAGCAGAGAGCAGGAAGAAUCAGGAGAUGCCUCGCUUGUCGGAAACAUCCAUCAAGGAUAGGCUUGCUAAGUACCAGGCAGCUGUCUCCAAGCAGGGCAGCUCUGGUGGUCUUGUGAGUGAGACUCAAGCCAUCGAAAGCGACGAUAAGAGCUACAGUUGUGAACAGAAGGAGAACUUGCCACCGUCCUCAGAAGAUGCGUUUCCCCAGCUGGAUGGGGAGAAGAUUUCCAUAGUAGAUGGUCUGAAUUCCAGUCUCUGCGAAGAUGGCACUCCUGGGUUCAAGUUCCAGAAAGAAACUGAAGCCCCGAGGUCUGUCUAUGCCAAACAACAAAGUCCCGAUUCUAGAGGAUCUAGCCAGACGGACACCUCUCCCCCAAAAGCUGUGAAGAAGUUCCAGUUGCCGGCUAAGGAAAGUUGUGUUGCGUGUAAGAAGACUGUCUACCCAAUGGAGCGUCUCUUUGCCAACCAGCAAGUAUACCAUAUCAGCUGUUUCCGUUGUUCUUACUGCAACAGCAAACUCACCAUUGGAACAUAUGCAUCUCUGCAUGGGAACGUUUACUGCAAGCCUCAUUUUAACCAGCUCUUCAAGGCCAAAGGCAACUACGACGAAGGCUUUGGGCAUAAGCCACACAAGGAACUGUGGGCAAGCAAAACGGAGUGCGAAGAAUCCCCGGAGAAACCUGCCUGCGUUGGAAACGCUGAGGAAGGCCCCCAAAGUCCCGGCGUGGAAGAUGCCCCGAUUGCGAAAGUUGGGAUUCUGGCAGCUACCAUGGAAGCCAAAGCCGCUGGUUUGCUUGAGAAGGAAGAGAGGCCAGCGGAAACCAAGAAGCUGAAGAUUGCCUGGCCGCCGCCUCCUGAACAAGGCAGCCAAGGAAGCGUUUUGGAAGAAGGCAUCAAGGUGCUGAAGCCAAAGUGGCCCCCGGAAGAUGAAAUAAUCGCUAGGCCGGAUCAUCAGGAAGAUGUGGACCAAGACCUUAAAAAGCUGCGACGGUCGUCAUCGCUAAAAGAAAGGAGCCGGCCGUUUACAGUCGCUGCCUCAUUUAGAACCAUAUCCGUAAAGAGCAAUAGGACUGAAAACGCGCCUCCUCCCAAGGCUGAAAGGAGCACGGUCAGGCAAACUGAGGAACCGGCGCCGGAAUUGGCAGUGGAAAGCAAGCCAGAGAGAAAGAGCAACGCAGCUGAUCCACACCUGGGUGAGGGGGAUAAAGAGCUGGAUGAGGGGAAAGGAGAAGAAGCAAGUGGCGAAGAGAUCUUGGUUGAAAAUGGCCAGAGGAGUGGCGACACGGAUGAGGAAGAAGAAGAAGAAGAAAAUGCUGCAGGAGAGCUAGCCUCGCUGGAGAAGGAAGCACCAUUCCAUAUGUCCCCUAAGCAUUCUGUCUUGAAUUCAACCGCUGUGAAAGAAUUAUCCGCUAGCCCAAAUCGCAAAUCCCAAGACGUUGGGUUUUUUGAAGGUGAAGACCUUGAAGAAUUGACUGUGGAAGAGCAGAUCAAGCGGAACAGAUACUACGGCGAAGAGGAAGAAGACGAGGAAUAAAUUGGACUCUCUUUCACUAAAGAACUUAACUGCAGGGUGCUGGGCCUUAAAAUUGGUGUGUUUAGUGUUUGGGGUUUUUGGUUUCUUCCUAGAGCGGCUUCCCAUGGUGAAAGAGAUACUGUGCUGCAGGCUGAUGCAAAAGGGAACCAUAAAGACUUGCUUAUAGGAAAGCUUGUUGGGAACCUGUGAGAAUUUUAACCAAAUUUGUGAAAAUGGAUAGUAUGCAUAAAAUCGUUAUGUGGGGAAAGCUGCUGCCUCAAUUGAGCAAAAAACAUAAACAAAAACCCUGUACAUUUCGGAAUUCUGCUCUGUAACCUGGUCAGCUUAAAUGCCAUCUUUAUUCUCUUCUGCUUCUGGUAGUUUUCGGCCAUUUUUUUUGCAGGAUGUCACUAUAUUCCCCAAAGGUGAGCUUGAAGGAGAAUGGGGCUUUCUGAGAAUACAGGACUAUUACCACUUAACAAUGUUACUGCAGUGCUUAGGGACCAGUUUUGAAGGGCACUUGGGGAACCGUUUAAAUGGCAAUGACUGCACUUUAAUAAUGUAUGUGUAAAGGCACAAUAGAUACAUUUUUAAAUAGUGAAAACACUGUCUCUUCUAGAUAGGUGUCCAAUAAUGACAGUAUCUGAAAUAAAAGUCAGCAGCAUGGUUUUAGGGGGAGGCUGUGUUUACUUGGCAGCCAUCAGGAGAGAACCGUCUUUGCAUUAUGCUCUUUUUGUAUAUGACUUGUUGUGCAUUAGGGUCCAGGUGAAUCUCGAAUCAGCUGGCUGGCCAGUGAAAAAGAGGAUCUGUCUCAUACCUGGGCUUAGAAGCACAGCAUUUUAAUCUACUGGAGCAAUGCUAAGGGAAGGAUUGUGUAGAGGGCAAAGCUACUGUCUGCAGGGCAUUGCUACUUUCAUUCCAUGUUUGUCUUUCCGAAUAAUGUUUUCUACUUGAAACUUUGCUUCUCCUUUUUUCCCCGAAAACUGUGUACGCUUUAAGCAAUUCUACGUGUACCCAAACUGCCAGAUGGAAGAGUCCACCCGAAAGAUGCUGCACGCAGAAAUCUCCGCGAUGACAAAAUAGAUGAAACAGUGGGAAUUUCUUGGGACUGAUUCCUAGCAUUGUGCUUUUAGUGCUUUUCGACUUGACUGCAUGGUAUUUUAUAAAUCAUAGUAUUUUGAGAUGGGGGUUAAAAGGGUUUUACCUAAAUAGUUUUUAAUCUUUUUGUAAUGUAUUCACUGAGAUUAGCUCUAACUAUAUUUUAGAGUUGUAAAAUAUUCUGCUUUCUUACCAGUCUUGCUAAGUAUGAAACAUUUUUAUUCAAUAAAGGCUCUGGUCAUUUUUAUUGUUG